AUGGAGGGUGUCCAGACUGUGGAUGUGAGCUGGCUUCAUCAUUCACAGAAAGACCACUUAUCCCGCACGAAGUCAGUGAAUUCAGGAACUUCAACUACUGAAAGGCCCAAACCCGAACUUGGUUCAGAACAGCCGGCAUCCUCUCCACCUAAAUCCCAUCGGAGAAAUCGAUCCAACAGUAACCCGGCAAAACCGACAACCCCCUCUUCCUCGGAACAGCGGAAAUUAUCUCAGAGCGAUGCAGCACAAGUAGAGCCGAAGCCACAACCACCAGAGAAGAUUGAGGAACCAAAAACAUCCACACCGUCUCCGGCCUCGCGAAAGAGCGACCCCAAGCCCAUUGGACGACGAAACUCUUGGAUAUCCAAUUUGAGCUCCAAAUUCUCAUCCGGAUCUACACCGCCGUCGCAAUCCAGCCUGAAGGCUAGUCCCGCGAGUCCGAAAACGACUUCCCCUCUUGACACACACAAUCCGUUUGGUGCCGCCUACUCCCCGAGAGAUAAGGAAGAGGAAAAGAAAGACGACUCCAACCCUUUCACAUCUACAUCCCCCAAAGGGCCAUCUUUCAUUCACAAUGCUCUGCGCAAGUUUUCUUCUAACUCUGGUGGCUUGCCCAAGUUAAAUGCCAAUGGUUCCAUCUGUCCGCGACGUGUGAUGAACAUCGAUCAGAAUCGCCACCGAUGCAAAGUCCCAGAUCUCGACCAAGCCAAGCUCAACCGUGUAGCUUUCUGUGUAGAUGUGGAAAUCGCGGGCAUAUCACACCGCGAUGACGACGAGGAAGCUCCUCCGACCAACCAACUACGACAGCCUCUCCCCGAAUCGAACACGCACAAGUCUAAGAAGGCGGAGAUUAAGUCGAAAGAUAGCGAGGAAGCUGCAGCUUUAAAAGACCCCGAAGCUGUCUUGGCUAAAGAGGACGCGUCCCUACCGACUCCUGCUCCGGCUACAGGCGAUGCGGUCACUCAGUCUCCAUCUUCCCCCGAAGACACUACUACGCCUAAACCUUCUACUGAGUCUGCACCAAAUAGCGAAGGGGUUGACCCAACAAGAAAGCAAGAGAAGAAGAAACGGUCGGAGGCAGAACGCAAAGAACGGAAGGAAAGAAAACGGCGCCAAGCAGUGGCAAAUGGCUCUGUGCCAUUGCAACUGGAUGCCGGGCAUGACGAGGAAGAAACCGAAGGAUCACCGCCUGGUGCAGUUAAGUCAAAAACGCAAAGUCACCCAACGACCGACCCGGUGCGCAUCUAUCGCCGAUGCUGUCAGCUGCGCGAAACCCCUGUUCUCAAAAGAGUGGUUGACGAGAUUUCGAAACCUUCAUCGACAUUGGCUGAAUCUCCUGGCACAGUGGCCGCUUUAGACCUUAGCAACUUUCCGAUGACAUCCCAGGAUCUGACGACUUUCAGUGAUUGGCUUGCUGUUGUCCCAGUCCGCAAGUUGAUUCUUGAAAACUGCGCACUGACGGACGUAUCUGUACGGGCCCUUCUUGCAGGUCUUCUUUCUACAAAGACAGUGGAACAGAUGCGGUACCGACGGAGACGAUCUCGAAGACCUGAGUCCCCGGGUAUGAAGGAUCAUGAACGGUAUGGUGUCGUGGAAAAGCUUUCUUUGAAGAACAAUCCUAAGAUUGGACGGGAAGGAUGGCGCCAUAUCAGUCUUUUUAUACACUUAUCGAAAUCUCUGAAAGCGAUCGAUUUAUCGGGCAUUCCUUUCCCUCGUGGCCAGAUUGAGAUUGAUGGUUCUGGUGCAGGUCAAACACAGACAGUUGAUGUGAGUGCUGUCUUCGCUAGUGCCCUGGCAGAGCGCUUUGGCGGCGAUCAUCUUGAAGAACUGCUUAUGAGUGAGUGCUAUCCUUCGGUUGACGUCGUCAAGCAAAUUUGCCAGGCAAGUAUCAAGAUGGGCCUGCGGAGACUUGGCUUUGCCAACAAUGGUCUGACCCGAGAGGGCCUGGAACAUGUGGUCGAGUAUCUCAAAUUUGGUCAAUGUGAAGGCCUGGAUUUAGGUGGAAAUGCCAUCAAGGAUGAUCUUGAUCUUAUCACGAAUGCGAUUGAGCCUGAGCAGCCACUUUUGGCUCUGAGUUUGGCAGAUUGCUCCUUGAACGCGUCAAUGCUCUGCCCACUGCUCCAGGCUCUUACUCAAAUCCACAACCUCCGUUUCAUCGACUUUUCUCACAACCGCGAGCUAUUCUCUACCCAACCAAAUGCUCUUGGAAUGUUCCGUCGAUUCUUACCGAAAAUGACCUCUUUGAAACGCUUCCACUUGGCAGAUGUGGACCUGACAUCAGACCAUGUAAUUGGUCUCGCCGAGGUGCUACCCGAGUGCCCUAGUCUUUGCCAUUUGAAUAUAUUGGAGAACCAACAAAUUGAGAACCUUGCCUCUACCACCGACGCUGUUACUCAGGAAGAAGCAUGCGCUUUAUACGCAUCAAUGAUGGUCGCGGUCCGUGUUUCGCGAACCAUCAUUGCAGUCGAUAUCGAUAUACCCAGCGCUGAAAACAAUGAAGUUGUCAAAGCUCUGGCGUCGCAGAUCGUAGCCUACUCGCUACGGAAUCUCGAAGGAGGUGCCAUUGCGGAGGAGCUUUCCGACUCCUGCGAUCAUAUUGGAACUAAGGAGGUUCCUGUGCCCGAAAUUCUGCAGCACAUUGUCGGACAUACUAUCGCCUCCGAAGAGCCAUGUGAUGAGGAUAACGAGGCGGCUCCAGACGAGGACUACGUCAUUAGUGGAACAGGGGUGGUUAAGGCAUUGGGUGUUUGUCUCGGAAAUCUGGAUCAACAGCAGGGCCUUGAGGUUCUCGGGGAUCAAUCUGUACCGGCUAGUGGUACCAACACUCCCAGACGCCGCAAGUCUCGCAGUGUUGUUACCAAACGGCCCCGUGACAUGUCGAAGAAUCUGCUUGAAUCGGCCCGGAAUAUCAGAGCUCGUAUCCAGUCGGCUCUCAUUCGCGAGGAUCGUGCUGGCAAUGACGCGAAUUACCGCCGUUUGCAAUUCUUGGAUAUCACCUUACACAGGAUGAUUCAGCGCUUCGAGGACGAAUACCCAGAAACUCGCAUCACUCCUCAAACCGCACCCGCUGUCUCAGCUCCGGAUUCCAGUUCUCAACACUCCAAUGAGGAUGGAACUGGUUCCGUGACUACUGGUGGCAACUUCAACAACGGUCAAGUUGACGAGAAUGGAGCCGAUGAGGAAGAUGGAGACCAUUUUGCUGUCCGCCUGUCCCGCGCCAGCUCUAUGACUUCUCUUCACUCUCGUGCCAUGACCUCUCAAGAGGGUCACAUUCAUCGCAUUGGCCAAAACCUCCGCCGUGACUUCCUCAAGCCUUCCCUCGCCCCCGGGUCUGGCGAAGAAGAUGAAGAUAAUGACAACUCCCAUAUCGCCGCUCUUCGACAGAAGCUCGACCGUCUCCACAACGAGCAGGCCUUUUCCAACUUCGACAAUAUCGAAACCGACAGAGCCUUCGAGGAACUCGGCACCACUGUCGACGAACUCUGGGCUGCCCAGCAACAAGAUGCCGAAGGAUUCGAACGCUUCAAGCAAUCCCAGAUCGCCGCUCAGAUCAACAGUGGCCUUCGGCAUCGAACCAACCCCGAACAUAAGAAGGACUCUGGUGAAUCAGAGACCAAGUCUCCUUAG